ACUCCAAAUCUCCUUCAGUUUCCAUGGUUCGACUGUUCAAGAUCGGCUUGUUAUUUUCUAGCCAAUUGUCAAUCAGUCCAACGAGCCUUCAUGUUGUUCACUCCUCUCCUAGUCGGGCUGGGACCGGCCUUUGCAGUGUUUACUGCGGCACAUAGCGAUGCCCAUGCCAAUCUGUCGCAGAUCCCCGAUGACAUUCUCCAGCGCAAUGCCGUCAUUCAGGCCCAUCUCGCCCAGAAACCGGUCCGCGGGGUCAAGAAGAUGAGCAACGACGAGGGCGAGAAAUUCUUCCUGGAUUACUGGUAUUUCGAGGAAGAUGCGUUGGAUAGCAAUGGAAUCAAUACGACGAGGCAUCGACAAGAGCGACAAGGCACAGCCAACGAACAUCUCACGACCGAAGAACGACUCGAUGUCCACCCGCGAUCGUACCCUCAUCAUCCUUCUAUUUUGCUGGAUCGUCGGGACCCUGCGAGUGACGGUCAUGGCUGGAUGGCUGCGCAGCUCUCACCGCUGUUUCGCAGAGAUUUUAAAUGCCCGACCGGCACGUUUUCCUGCGCCUCGAUCGAUCGCCCCGACAGUUGCUGCAAUGCCGGUGAGACUUGCGAGUUAGUCAAGGACACCGGAUCUGGCGAUGUGGGCUGCUGUCCGAGCGGACAGGACUGCUCGGGCACGAUUGGGAAGUGCAAGCAGGGGUAUUCGAGUUGUUCGGCGUCGCAGGGCGGCGGGUGCUGUAUUCCGGGAUAUGAAUGUGUCACUGGUGGCUGUGCCAGAGUCUACACAAUCACAAUCACGCUGUCCUCGACCGUGAUGAUAUCCACUUCCACCCAGACUGUUCCCGCGACGAGCACAGUCGAGCAUACCACCACCACCAGCAGUGCCGAGAGCACUGCUUCUACUAGCAGCAAGGAAACCAAGUCAACCGGGGAUCUCUCCCCUCCUGCUCGGCCCACGAGUCUCUCGACGGCCACCACUUCCGACACCAGGGAAACGGGCGAUGUGUGUCCCCUUGGAUUCUACGCGUGUUCGGCCGUGUAUCGCGGAGGAUGCUGUCAGACCGGUCGCGACUGCGACACCACCUCGUGUCCAUCCACGCGAUCCAAGACUAUCACGACCAAUGACCGCACGAUCGUGGUUCCGGUCGAGACGACGGGGGCCGCGACGACGGGCGGAGGACGAUGCGCAACUGGCUGGUUCAGUUGCGCCGACACCGCGGGUGGAGGCUGUUGUCCGACGGGAUAUGCGUGCGGUUCGAGCUGUACCGCUCAAGCGACAGCGACGGCGACAGGCACCGUGGCCAAGGAGGCGCCGACCAAUGCGGCGAGUCGGAAUUGGUCCGAAUGGACGAGGAUCGUGGGAGUCAGCAUGAUGGGCAUGCUCUGGACGAUGGGAUGAAACUGUGUGCGAGAUAGAUGAGAUACGCGACCACGAAUAAUAGAUGAUGACUUUGAAGACAAAGUAGAGUCGAGGACAAAGAAAAGAAAGACCCGCGGCAGAACGAAAAAGGUUCCCCGCGUGGGCACGUGGGGCCGGGCGUGAGUUUUCCCCUUCGGGAGAUUCCCCGGUGAGUCCAACUUCUUCUCCUCUUCGCUCCUCCCCUUCCUUUCUUCCUCUCCUCUCCUCCCCCAAUUGUCCUCCCCCCUUUCGCUUCUCCCUCCCUCUUCUUUCAUCCACCCUCUUUUCCUCCGCCAUCAUGUCGGAAAACCAGAAGCCCCUUCCCUUCAUCUACCAGUUCGCCGCCGGCGCGGUGGCUGGUGUGUCGGAG